AUAUGCUGCAUCAAACAACGACAUAACUACGGCAGAAAAUUUUCCCUCGUCCUCUUACCUUUUUUUGUCUUCUUAGUAAAAGUAAAGCACUUACUCUUAUAUCCCACGAGGUGGAAUGGGCGCACUGCUACCAGUUCGCAGAAGAUAAAGAAAGCAUGGCGCCGGUGAAAACAUAAUCUAUCAAGAUCUAUUGUUAGCUUAUGUCUCUACAACUUUUAGAGGAGGAGGAGGAGGCGAGAGAGGCCAAACAAAUGUCGUGAGAAAUAAUAUGUUGAUAGUUGC